UGUGCGGUCGGUCGCAUUUUCAGUCGUCGCCACCGCGAACCGCUUGGAUCUGCUCCACAUUGCUUAGCCAAAGUGGAUCACGCCCUCGGCAUAUAGAUUCCACGCCCAUCAGGCAUAUAGAUUCCAGCAGGAUGGCGUUGCCUUCGUUUUAAAUCGCUGCCAUGUGACGGACUCUAAGUCCCAUAGCCACAUUUGUGACCCAAUUCGAUGAGCCAAAGUGUGUGUGUGUGUGUGCGUUGCUUUUGGCCAUUUAACGAUUAGUGGCCAUAACGGCAAAGUGUUUGUUUAUUUUGCUGUGCGACCGCAAAAACGAUUCCAAAAAAUGAUUGCAUAAUUGACUUUUGGUGGGGACAAAUCGCGCCACACGCUCAACAUACAUUUCGGUGUUGUGUUCCUAUUCCACUUGUGAUUCCAACAAAAAUACAAUUUUUGAGCCAUGAAGAAGCUGCACCUGGGUGCCAAGCACAAGGGCAAGUCCUACAAGCCCUUCAGGAACAAGAAUCGUCGGCCAGCGUCACCAUCGCCUCCUCCAUUUCCACCACCACCACCACCAACGCCACCAUCAUCAUCUUCAUCAGCAUCGCACCAUCUGGCGGUGCUGGUGGUGGUGCUGUUGUCCUCGCACAGGAUCGUCGGAAACAUCGCCAAGAUAUCUUCGUUCGAGGAAGACUACCGGGCUGACAGGCCCAUGGUGCAGCGCGCCUCUUCCUCGGAUGCACCCUCCGUUCAGGGUGGCCAACAUCGAGAGUCUCGAUUUGGCCUUGGAUACCCCUCCUACCAGAGUGGAUACAACAAACUAUUCACACAGGGUUCUGCCGACUCGAACUACUCACAACCGUCAUCCGAUCUGUCGCUAGACGAGGAAAAGGAAUCGCUUCGGCGAGAAAAGGAACGUCAGGCCUUAAGCCAGUUGGAUAAAGCGAGGAGCAAACCAGUGGCGUUCGCUGUGCGAACCAACGUAGCAUACGAUGGCGCCAUCGACGACGAUUCGCCGGUGCAGGGCGGAGCAGUUUCGUUCGAGAUCCGGGAGUUCCUGCACAUCAAAGAGAAGUACGACAAUAACUGGUGGAUCGGCCGGCUGGUCAAGGAGGGCUGUGAUGUGGGCUUCAUACCCAGCCCCGCUAAGCUAGACAACAUUCGCAUGCAGAACCAAACCAGACCCUCAAGACUGUAUGGCACAAAGGGCUCGUCGAGCGGGAAUCUUGGUGCGGGCGGACAAGCAGGUGACGAAUCAGAUUCCAUGGGACCAGGACGACACGGCAAGGCGCAGGCGGCGGCGGCCAACAAGGAGAAGCGAAAGCCGUUCUUCAAGAAACAGGAGACGGCCAGUCCCUACGAUGUGGUGCCAUCGAUGCGUCCCGUUGUCCUGGUGGGGCCCAGCCUGAAGGGCUACGAGGUGACCGACAUGAUGCAGAAGGCCCUCUUCGACUUCCUCAAGCACCGCUUCGAGGGCCGCAUCAUCAUCACCCGGGUGAUGGCCGACAUUUCGCUGGCCAAGCGCUCCAUCAUGAACAAUCCAUCGAAGCGGGCGAUCAUGGAGCGAUCAUCCAGCAGGAGCGACUGCCUCGGCAAGGUGCAGGAGGAGAUCGAGCGCAUCUUCGAGCUGGCCCGCUCGCUCCAGCUGGUCGUGCUCGAUUGUGAUACAAUCAAUCAUCCGUCACAACUAGCGAAAACUUCAUUAGCGCCAACAAUAGUGUACUUAAAGAUUAGUAGUAGUAAGGUUUUACAGCGUUUGAUCAAAUCACGUGGCAAGUCGCAGGCGAAAAACCUCUCCGUUCAAAUGGUUGCCGCCGAGAAACUAGCCCAAUGUCCACCGGAUAUGUUCGAUGUAAUCCUAGACGAGAAUCAGCUGGAAGACGCCUGCGAGCACAUUGCCGAGUACUUGGAGACGUACUGGAAGGCCACCCACCCGGACAUUCGAGCAGUGCCGCCCAUCGCCCGCCCCCUGCCGCAGGAGGCAUCACCCUCCGCGGAUCCCGCGCGUCUGGGACCGACGCCACCAGUAGAUGGCGAGGAGUUUGUCGAUGAGCAGGAUCCCAGGAUGGGCAUGUCCGGCGGAGAUCGCGAGGGAAGUCGGGAGCGUGACCGCGAUAGCAGGGAAAGGGAGCGGGAGCGCGAACGGGAGCGGGAUUACUGGGAUCGGGAGUUCAACCGAGAUCGCAGCUCCAAGGAUCGCGAAAGGGACCUCGAGUGGGAGCGGGAGCGGGCACGGGAGUGGGAGAGAGAGCGGGAACGAGAUUGGGAUAGGGAGUUCGAUUGGGACCAAGGAGGAACCUCUUACCAGCACAGCCGCCGACAACCGACCUCGGUGCGCCACCAGGAGCGCGGCGGAGGAGUGGGCGCUGGCGGCGGCGGCGGAGGUGGAGGUGGAGGCGUCGGCGGUGGCUACGAGCGGGACCGCGAACGGGAGCGGUACGAGCGGCGCGAGCGGGACCUCAUGCACUACGAUCUCAACAGCGACGAGCUGCUGGACGAGCGCAACUUCGAGUAUCCGGCGAUGAGGAGCGGCCCCAGCGGCGCCUCCCACCACGGCCAUCUGUCCAGGGGCGGCCGCCUGCUGGACGAUCCGGACUUUGAGCGCGAGGAGGCCCAGAUGCGGAUGAGCAGCUCGCGCUAUGGACCAUCGACCAGGAUCGACGACCCACGGGAUCUGCCGCGUGGCGCCACCGUUGUCGAUCGCGAUGAAUACAGUCCGCACAGAGGUGGUGGGAGUAGUAGGAGAAUGCUUAAUGCCAUAUCCAGACCGUUGGGCCUACCACGCCAGUCCUCCCUGCCCAGUAAUAGAGCACCCGUGUCCUACCUGCCACGCCAGUCCUCCCUGGGCACACACUGGCUAUCCUCCUCCUCGCAGAGCAACCUGGAUCAGGGACCCCAAUCUCGCCGAGAGCUUUAUCCGCUGCUGCAUCAGCCGCAGUCUUAUUCCCAGCCACGAUCCCAGUACACCUCUCACUCGUAUACAGCCGCUCCACAGCGUUCCCACUCCCACUCCCAGUCCCACUCCCACUCGCACUCUCAGUAUCGCUACUCCGUGCAGGACACAUCGUUUGCCCACCCGCCGAGAUCGCUGCGCGAGGAGUUCCUCAGUCCCACCAUGAGCAAGGUCGAAGCUGUCACCCAUGCCAUUCGCAACAAGAUCAUCGUGGAGGAGGACGAAGAGGAUAUCCUGAGCACGGAUCGGUUCUAUUAAAGAGAUUUCAGUCGCCACCCCGCGUCGAUUUCGGUUUGGGUAACCACUUUGCAGUGCAGCAGUGCCAAAACACACGACACAUUUGUAAAUUUGUUCCAUUCGCCGAUCAGAUCAAUUUGCUAGCAACACACAGAUACAGAUACAGAUACACACACACAAACAGAAACACACACACACCCGAACACACACAAACAAAGUAGCUGGUUAAAGUUAAAGUUAGCUGGUGAGCGUUAAAGUGGCGGUUAAAGCAAACGUUAAAGCAAACCAAAGGAAGCAGCCCAAUGCCAAGUGGGGCCUUAUGUGUCUUAAAUGCUAUAGCUAAGUGUAAUCAGAUUUUAUUUGAGUAAUGUGAAAUGUGAAUUUAAAUUAAAUGGUCUAAGCCUAAGAUUUAAGCUAGUCGACAGUCGAAAAUUAAAAGUUAAACGAAAAGGGAGUCCGAAAUCAUCCGAAACAGGAUUUCUUGUUGGUUCCCCAAUGGGUCUCGUAUUUGUUAUGCAAUCGAUUGACUAAGUACAUGAAUAAGUGUCAGCUUUAAUAAUUUAGUGAACGUGUCUUAAUCUAAGUCGAGCCACCCAAACACACCCACACACCCGACACACUCGACACACACACCAACACACCCACUCUCAUUUGACUGUGAACCGAUUGAAAUCUCUUUAAUCUCAAACCGAUACCUAUUCCUCGCAUCCAGCACUUUUCCUCCUCUACGCAGAAUUGAAUUCCAUUGACUGGGAAUCUUUUAGUUGAAGAAUUAACACGUGCAGUGCGUUUCAGAGCCAUAUAAUUAUGAGUUUUAAAAACUUUAUAUAUCCAAUACAAUAUGUAAAACCUAAUGAAUUUAAUGUAUCAUUGAAGUUUGAAACUGUUUAUUCCUUAAUUGAUUCUAACCACUUAAUAUAUAUUUAUAUACAUCUACUACUAUCCAUUCAUAAUUUCUUGAAUAUUUGUAGCAUAGAUCUUGAUUGAAACGCAUUGUACAGCAGCCAUGUACAUACAUGUACACAAUUUCUACUUCCAACAGCAAUACUUUCGACCUAGAUACCUUGCCACACCAUAUCAUGCCACACACCUGCCAAAGCGCACAGUUCGCGAUCCCAGUUCAAAACUCCAGUUGGACUGGCCGCGAACAGGCCUGCAACCUGGAUAAGGAUCGAAAAUAAUUGCAUCCAGGUUUUGGGUACAGCGAUUUAAACUACCAGUGCCUUAUGAACCAUCAAAUCGAGUUACACAACCCCGCACUCCACCCCCAAGAAAUUCAGCAUUUCCGCCGCCCCAUUGGAACAUUAUGACUCGUACCACCAAUCGCUAAAGUCAGAAGGCGUCAAAAUUAUUGUUCAAGUUUUGAAAUUAAAAACACGUAAUGUUGAGACGAUAGUCGUUGAUCUGGCCCAUUCCGAACGAGCACUCCUUUUACAAUUCCAACCACCAUGCUAAAUUUGUCGAUCAUUAGUUGUCGAUCAUUAGAACUGAGCUAGCGCCCAACAAUGAUGAACCGCACUGCAUUCAAAUCGAUCGCCACCUCGAACCUCGAGUAAGAAGGAGUUGAUGUCUAGCUAGUUUUGAUCUGUAAGCACACCCACAGAACCCAUCCUACUGUCUGCAAGGACUACAGCUGAAUCCCGAAACACGGGGUCAGAGUUUAGAAACUUUUUUAUAUAAGCGAUACAAGGGUGAUAUAACUAAUUUUCAGAGAGCAAAUUUGAACAGCGCACGACAGAUACAGAUACGGAAUACGGAUACCUAAUGGAAAUUGUUAGCCACCUUCAGCAGGGGGAGGGAUUGAAGGUCAUUGGAGGUCGGGAGGUUGGGAGAAGUCAUCCCUUCCCUUAGAGAAUUUGGAUGGGGUUGGCCAAGGCACUGGAGGCGCUUAAAACGAGGAACAAAUUGAAAUUUAAUUAGAGCGGCAAACGAAAGCAGCAAACGAUACACAAGCACUUCUUGUAAAAAGUGGCAAUGCAAAAUGAUCUAUGUAUUAGCUAAACCUAAAUGAAAUAUUACUUUUUAAUACUAGCAUAAAGUUAAAAACAAAACUAGAUACGAUCCUCUGCAGCUAAGAAGGGGACAAGCGGAAUACUUAAGUUUAAAUGGUCAGUUGAUGAUGAGAAGUGUGUACGUUAGAAUAUUGCACAUAAUUCACAGAACUGGUAAUUCAAUAUAUUAUAAUGGUAUAUAUUAAAAAGAUACACACAUUUAUAGAGCUGCAUAUGAAAAUAUGCAUGUUCUUACCAUAAUUAACAAAAUUUAAAACGGAUACAGAUACAUCAGCCGGCAUUUUGUAAGCGGGAAACCCAAAGAAAAAACUAAUUAAAAUAAUAUGGAUUAAAAAUAACUGAUUAUCGCAGAUAUUGUUAGAUACUUUCUGGUAACGGAAAGGUGAACUUUGCCAUGAAAAUUUCAUCAGAUCUGAUAGGAAUAUGUUGAAGAUAUUUUGUAAGAUGCCUUAAAUUUCUCAACUCAAGUUCUUUGAAAGUUUUCGAAAACUAAACUUGAUAAAUUCAUAUAUUCCAUUACAUAACCUUCUGAUCAGCUCAGAAGAAGAAAAACUGGUUUGCUUCAAAAGUAUAGCAAUUUUUUUGUAAUAAUAAACUCUUAUUUCCGAUUAUCCAAAAAAACAAUGAAAACAAAAACCAAGCAAUUUCAAUUUGUUGACACUCUUGAAAACUAUAAAAAAAACAAACACACACAGAUGCAAACAAGUUUUAUAGCAAGCAUACUGAAACUUUAAAGAUACGCCUAUAUAUAAUUAAAUUUAGCGGUAAUAACUUCUCUACUUUUCAAGCCACUUAAAUAAGAAAAGCAAACCUUAUUUUUUUAGCCUAAAUACCUUAUUGAACUGGUGAAUAGAAGGUGGAAAGAUUGACAAGAGCACGCAUGAAAUUUCCGUAAUAAAUAUAUUAUUAACCAAAAGAUCCCCACACCGAAUACCCUGGAAAAAGUAAAUAAAAAUGAACUAUUGGUGGAAAUAUCAACACCGCUCCCAAUUUAUAUAGAAUAUUUUAUACAUACAAAACAUAUACAUAUUGUAAAAAAUGAGAAAAAACAGUAACUAAAAUCCAAUCAGCAAUUUUCCAAAAAAUUGUAUGUACAUAGUUAAUGAUAUUUCAAUUUGUUACCUAAUUAUUUUGUUAUCAACUUUGUAAGAUUCCUUUAAUUUAAUGUUAAGGAUGAA